GGGCUGUUGAAUUUCGAACAUCCGACAACAAACGAGUUCACGAUAGACCUGCGCUUGUCACGUCCAGCAGCAGCAGUGACCUGCACGGUGGAAGUAUAGUAUCGGGCAACUUCGCGCUCUUAAAACAUUCAACAUCUCGUCGUCGUCGUCGCCGUCGCUGCCGUCGUUAUCAUCGUCAUUGUUUUGGUUGUUGCUGUUGUUGUCAGCCAGUUCCGUUUCAUUCAACUCGCAGGGCGGGCUCGCGGCAAGGGCUGAUGAAGUGAUGCUCAGUCUCGGAUCGCGAAGGGGUCAGACCUGCGGGACCGGCCAGGUGAGGUCGCAGGCGGACGACGUCGCGAGCCCAACGGGCCAGAAAUCGCUGUCAAGAGGCGGCCGAUCUAGGGAGUAACCCGAGGCUUCCGAACAGCUCAUUCCAAUAAUGCCGUGCGCAAAGUGUACCAGUCGCAGAUGAUCUCCGACAUUGAUCAGUGCGAAUGAGAAGCACUUUGAUAAGGGACAUCUAAAUGCCAGGAGGUGUCCUUGUAUAGCGUUCCGAGUGCCGCGGCCAGGCAUUCUUAAUCAUGGCCACGUAUCAAGUCGACUACCAGUGGGCUUAUUCCAUAAUGGAUUCAUCUAGGAUAUCCACUUUCCUAAUAUCAAUUUUACUGAUAGUUUAUGGUAGUUUCCGAUCUCUAAAUAUGGAACAGGAGGCGAGGGAAAGAGAAAAAGAGAAGGAACGUAGUAACUUAUUGACUGGGAUUACGAGUAACGGUAGCACCGGCAAUGCGGACGGUGCCAACGGAGGAAGAGUUCAAACUCUGGAUACAAUGCAUGCUCUCUGUCUACCUCUCGGUGCUUCCAUUUCUCUACUCGUCAUGUUUUUCUUCUUCGACAGUAUGCAGAUGCUUCUUGCAAUUUGUACAGCCAUUAUAGCUACAGUUGCAUUGGCAUUUCUUUUACUGCCUAUGUGUCAGUACAUUAUCAGGCCAUGCUCCGAUGGCAAUAAAAUAUCCUUUGGUAUUUGCGGGAGGUUUACCGGUGCCGAAUUACUCUCAUUUUCGCUUAGUGUGAGUAUAGUGUGCAUCUGGGUCUUGACUGGACAUUGGUUGCUGAUGGAUGCGAUGGGUAUGGGCCUGUGUGUGGCAUUUAUCGCAUUUGUUCGACUACCUAGUCUCAAGGUAUCCACGUUAUUAUUAACCGGACUGCUGAUUUACGAUGUCUUCUGGGUUUUCUUUUCGUCCUAUAUAUUCAGCACAAAUGUAAUGGUUAAGGUAGCGACUAGGCCUGCAGAUAAUCCAGUGAGUGUCGUAGCUAGGAGAUUACAUUUAGGCGGCGUGGCCAGAGCCGCGCCGAAACUACCUUUACCUGGAAAACUGGUAUUCCCAUCGAUGCAUCAAGCAGGACACUUCUCGAUGUUGGGUUUAGGCGACGUCGUUAUGCCAGGCCUAUUGCUCUGUUUUGUCCUGCGUUACGAUGCGUAUAAGAAGACUCAGCUGUUGCCCGGUGGCUGCGAAACCGGAGUACCGCCACCACGUCAUCUCAGUCGGAUUAGCUAUUUUCAUUGCUCCUUGAUCGGUUAUUUUCUUGGUCUACUUACCGCCACUGUAAGCUCUGAGGUGUUCAAAGCUGCGCAGCCUGCCUUAUUGUACCUUGUGCCCUUCACUCUGUUGCCACUGCUCACGAUGGCAUAUUUGAAGGGAGAUUUACGUCGGAUGUGGAGUGAACCAUUCAUAUCUCAACAACCUUCAAAACACAUGGAAGUUUGACAAGAGUCAUGGCUUUCUGUAUAUUAUACUGUAUUGGAUGCGAAAUUCUUGCAUGAGAUUUAUCACCACAUAACUUCGUAUUCUUGUUUUCAUCGAGGUCAUUUUAUGUAAGUAAUUUUUUCUACGUAUACACACACAUACAUACACAUAUGAUACAUCCAUAUUCUUUUCGAAGUCAAUACGACAUACAGAGGACAAUUCAGAUCUAAAGAUCAAUGCAAUUUUUCGCGGUGUGAAUGGAGAUUAUACCGCAUGAAUAAUUUAGAUGUAAUAUAAUGUCACACACGAGUGUAGUGUUAGCGCUGCAAAGAAACUUUUUACCGGAACGAUAUAUAGAAAGACAGGUUGCGUUCAGCAGAAAAAAGUAGUUUUGCAACUGUUGUAAGAUUCCCCCAUUAAACAUUGUCUUGCUGGUUUGUGUUAUUUCAAUGCAUUAGCUAAGCCAUCUUUUCCAGCAUAUUGAAAAUAUACCUAACAAAUGCAACGUGAUGGAAACGUAACCGCUUAAUAAUCGAAAAGAGCGUUCAGUAAAACCUUCCAGCUAUUGGAAAUGCCGCACACAAUGCUAAUGUAGCGCGUCAACGUCUGCUGAACGCAGCCAAUUCUCUGAGAAUAUUUCCAGAAUGCCAAGUGACACACAUUAUUAUUGGCAUUCUUUCUGUGUCUUAACUUGAUGUUGAGGAUACGAAUAGAUAUUGUGCAGUAGAUAAUGCAACUGAUAAUUAUCAUUAUCUCAAGCUACUAUAUAACAACUAAAAACUAUGUAACUUGUGGUUAAUUUAACGAACAAAUGACAGUCUUUCACUUCUACUGUAGAAUUAUCUUAUUGAUAAAGUGUAAAAGGUUUUCAAAGUAUUUACUUUCAAUCAGACGACAUUGAAUACUACUCUCUCGAAAUUCAGUUAUGAAUGGAGUUGAAAAACUCACUGCAAAAUAUCAUUUCGAUUUGCUAUUCAACCAGAAUCGAAUUACUUGUACGUAAUAUGUAUAGUUAUGGUUAGGAUAAUUUAUCUAUAUAUAUACAUAUAUACAUACAUACAUAUAUAUAUAUAUAUAUAUAUAUAUAUAUAUAUAUAUAUAUAUAUAAACUAUCGGAACGCGUUUGGAUAAGAAUCCAAUACACAUGUGCGUGUUGGUUGUGACUUUAUUUUAAAGUUCGUUUAACGUUGAACAGAGUAAUAUAAUACUAUUAUUCAUAUAUGUGUGUGUGUGUAUAUAUAUGUGUGUGUGUAUAUACACAUAUACCCACACACAUAUAUACACACAUAUUGAUUAUCAUUUUUGUACGUAUAAAGACAUAAAUUUGUAAUUCGUAGUCAUUCAAGCGGCACGCUUUCUGAUAUCGUGUUUCCUCUCGCUGCUUGUUUAUUGUUAAAAAAAGUCUAUUUCGGGAAAGUUAUCUAAUAUUAUUUUCAAAGUAGAAUUUAAUGUGAAUAUAAUAUGAAAAUCGAUGAAUGUAAUUAUACAGUGAGAUUUGUUUCUGAAUAUUUCUGAAUAUGAAGGUUUCUAAUCAGGCUCCUGCUAUGGAUAGGCUGUCAGAAAGACUAUAUGUUUAUUUAAGGACAAGACUGAAGAUAAUAUGUAUGAAAGCCAAUUUAUUAAGUAAUUUCUGAAAGAUAAACGCGCGCGAGAUUUUCCAUUCUACCUUUCUCUUGGAUCCAAUUUAUAUAGUAUCUCAUAAACUAUAAUAAUAUAUAUAUAUAUAUAUAAUAUAUAUAUUCUCUCUAUAUAUAAUAUAAUAUAUUACAUUAUAUCUAAGAGAGGUGGAAUAAUUGUUGCUUUCAUAUUGUCUCUUACUUUAAAAUAUAGGUUACACGAAACAUAGUCACCAAUUAAUUAGGUAUUUGAAGAUUACUUGAAUCAUUUCUUUUAUAUUAUCAUAUUUAACGAAUUAUUAAGAAUCUACAUGUACAUCGGGACGAUAACUCAUAACUUAUAUUAAUUGGAUAAGCGCAUUAUCGUGUAGAAUAUAUCAUUACAAGUUUUUGGAAGCGAUACCUUUGCAUAGUAGAAAGAAAAACUCUAUAAAAAGAUACAAUACGGAUGUUAAAUUAUUCAAUUAUCCAAACUAAUAAGUAAUUUAAUCCGCGUACUUGUGUAUCUUUUCAGUGUAGAGAAGUAGGAUUUGAACUUUUUCUUUUAAUUAACACGAUUUUAAGUUAUACAAAGAAAGUACUUCCAGCACUAUUAAGUUGGGUAUAUUCCAUUAAUUUUGUAGUGACUAUGUUCUCCAUGUUAUCAUUCUUUAUUUGUCUACCUGUCCAUAGCACAAGCAAUUCAUUCUACAUCGUUAUCAUGUGGUUGAAAUAUUGAAUAAAUUAUUUUUACAUCUUAUGAUAUACAAUCACGUAUGUAAAAUGAGUAACAGAGCAUAUAUUAUUUCUGUUAUUUGAUCAAAGAAUUACAAAGACACAGUUUUACACGAUUCUUUAAGUUAUCUUACUUCAAAACAUAUUUUUGUACAUUGCAGAGAGUGCUUAUAGCACUGGAAUCACUGAUUUUCCAACUAUAUGUGAUUUCUCUUUCAUUUUCCUUUUCUAUUUUAACAAAAUAUAUUACAAUAUAGUGUUUAUACUUCUGUGACGUAUAUUUAAAAUUUUUUUCUUCCAAUGUACAUAGAAAUAACUUCAGUUGUGAAUUAUACUGUAGUGAAGUUUACGCCAUGCCUAAAGAGAAAUUUUGCUUAUCAAGCAAAUAAUUGGAAGUGUUUUGAAGACGACAUAUAGCGUACCUAAAGAAUUAAGGAAGAAGGAGUUUACGAAUAUUGAUUAGAGGCAUUGUGCAAUACAGUUUUGUAACUUAUAUCGCAACACGAGAUUAUAAUACUUUCGUUGCUAAUGCAAUUUUAUUUCUCGUUUUGCUCACAAAGAUUCCUUCGAUCGAUGAAUGUUUUUGUACAAAAGAAGCUGAGACAUAAUAUUGUAGAAAGUAUUUAUCAAGUAAGGUUAUAACUUAGUUUAUGGUAAAAAUGAGAGGUGUGUUAAUUGUAUACCUUUAUUUUUUAUAAUAUUAAUGACGAAUCACGUCUUAUACUGGACAUCUUUGAAGUCUGACGAUUCAUUUAUUGACUAGGAUUACAAAUACUAAACAUGCUCAUUAUGUAAAUUUCAAGAAGUGUAUAUACAAAAUAAGUACUCAACUGUCCUUCAGUUUUCCCACAAACUAAGUGAUAGAGUAAAAAACAAAUAUUAUAUAUUAGUGAUACGACGUAUGAUAGAGAUAAACAGAACAAGGAACAGGUUUAAAUAAAAAUCAAGAGUUAAACUGUA